UUGCAGUUGAAUAACAUGUUCAGUGAAUAGCAUGGGGUCUUCAAAAUAUUUCAUUGUCAAUAUGACGUUCUUGUUAGCCCUCAUCAUCAUGACUUCAGAUUUGUGCACGAUGAAGACAGAAGCAAGAGAACUCAUUGAACAAUUUCCAUGUGUUAAUGGUAAAGGGUGUCCACCACACCAAGCACCACCUCCACCACCACAAGCACCACAACCACCACACCAAGCACCACCUCCACCUCCACCACCACACCAAACACCACCACCACCACACCAUUGCCCACCCCACCAAGCACCACCACCUCAUCACCACCACCAUCCACACCACCACCACCACACAUCGCCGCCACCACCACACCAAGCACCACCACCACACCAGGCACCGCCUCCACCACAACACAAAGCCCCACCUCUACCUUACUGAGUCAUCUUUUUCUUCGGAUGCAAUGUCAUCUUUUUCUUACUCAUAUGUAUUUUGAGUUGUUAUAAUAAAGUAUGAUUAUAUUGUUUCA